GGGGCUGGCCUCGGGCUCAGACGACCCCUGGGAUCCGGGGCGCGCUUCGGGAUCUUCGGCUCAGACCCCGGAAGCGCCGCGCAGCUCCUGGGAGUGGAGAGCGCUUGGGGUUGUCACUUUAAAUUAAAGAGGGAGCGGGCGGGCGAGCGCGAGGGAGCGCGCGGCGGGCUCCUGGGAGCGUGCCCGGACUGCGGCGCAGCUCCCGACUGCCGCCCCGGCCCGGCCGAGCCCCCGGCCCGCGCCGCGCUCCUCCCAGGCGGGCGCGGGGCGGCACUGCAGGGGUGGCUCCACCGGCGACGGCCGGGCUUGGCGCCGGUGCGUGCGCGCUGCGGGAGCCCGGAGCCGGAGCCCAAACCUGAACCCGAGCGGGAGCGGCGUCCCCUCCGCCGAGCCGGGCCCCUGCGGUGGGCAUCAUGGCCGUGGACGUGGCAGAAUACCACCUGAGCGAAUCAACCCCCCCCAGGGGUGGAACCACUGGAUGAAGAUGUUUUUGGCAUCAUCUCUUCUUUCUGGAUGAGGAGACUGGAGCCAGGAGUCAUCAAGAGCCCCCCUGACUGGGAGGUGGGUGUCUACGCCGCCGGUGCCCUGGCACUGCUGGGAAUUGCAGCUGUGAGCCUGUGGAAGCUCUGGACGUCGGGGAGCUUCCCCAGCCCCUCCCCGUUCCCCAACUACGACUACAGGUACCUGCAGCAGAAGUAUGGCGAGACCUAUGCAGAGGCCAGGCAGAAGAGAGUGCCUGCCUGGAAUGCCCAGCGGGCCAGCACUCGGGGGCCACCCAGUCGCAAAGGCAGCCUCAGCAUUGAGGACACCUUUGAGAGCAUCAGCGAGCUGGGGCCCCUGGAGCUGAUGGGCCGUGAGCUGGACCUGGCCCCCUACGGGACCCUCCGGAAAUCCCAGUCUGCUGAUUCUCUGAACUCCAUCUCCUCCGUGAGCAACAACUUCGGGCAAGACUUCACCCUGGGCCAGGUGGAGGUGAGCAUGGACUACGACGCCGCCUCCCACACCCUCCACGUGGCUGUGCUGCAGGGCAAGGACCUCCUGGAGCGGGAGGAAGCCAGCUUCGAGUCCUGCUUCAUGCGCGUCAGCCUGCUGCCAGACGAGCAGAUAGUGGGCAUUUCCCGCAUCCAGAGGAAUGCCUACUCCAUCUUCUUCGACGAGAAGUUCUCCAUCCCCCUGGACCCUGCAGCCCUGGAGGAGAAGAGCCUGCGGUUUUCCGUGUUUGGCAUUGAUGAGGAUGAGAGGAAUGUGAGCACGGGGGUGGUGGAGCUGAAGCUUUCUGUGCUCGACCUCCCGCUGCAGCCCUUCAGCGGCUGGCUCUACCUACAGGACCAGAACAAGGCUACCGACGCUGUGGGCGAGAUCCUGCUCUCCCUCAGCUACCUCCCUACGGCCGAGCGCCUUACUGUGGUCGUGGUGAAAGCCAAGAAUCUCAUCUGGACCAACGACAAGACCACAGCAGACCCCUUCGUCAAGGUGUACCUACUGCAGGAUGGGAGGAAGACAAGCAAAAAGAAGACGGCUGUGAAGAGGGACGACCCUAACCCAGUGUUCAACGAGGCCAUGAUCUUCUCAGUGCCAGCCAUCGUGCUCCAGGACCUGUCUCUCCGUGUGACGGUGGCUGAGAGCAGCAGCGACGGCCGUGGGGACAACGUGGGCCAUGUCAUCAUCGGGCCGUCGGCCAGUGGCAUGGGCACCACGCACUGGAACCAGAUGCUGGCCACGCUGCGCAGACCUGUGUCCAUGUGGCACCCUGUCCGGCGAAACUAGCAGCUGGUGCAGGGCCCGAGUGGGCACUGGAGCCCGGCGUGAGCUCAGCUCCGACACCCGUCUCUGUAGUCCAGCUGGAGCCAUGAACGCUGGGGUCCCCCGGUGGAGUCCCCAUGAGCCAUCUAGGUCCUUCUAUCCAGGCUGCGGUGGAGGAACAGGCCUGGCUGGAUGUGCGGGGGCCCAGGGUUGUCCCCCACUGAGGACCAGCUGUGGCUGGGCCAGGACCCGGGGAGGGCAGCUGGGCAUCAGCCCACUGUGCUCCUGUUUUGAGAUCCCCAACAGGCCUGUCCCUCGGCCUGGGGAGGCCUUGGCCUCUCAGAGCUCCCCACAUCCCACCCCUGCUGGGAGGCCAUGCACAAGGACCGUGCGUCUUGGGGGCCGGGGGCCGUGCGAGGCACAGGCUGUGGUGACACGAACAAGGCACAGCCCCUAGGAUGUCGGGAAGACAAGAUCCCCCUGCCUGGUGAUGUGCUCGGUGUGGAUGGCAGCCCUACCACGAGGACCUGGGGAGGGCUCUGAGGCCCGGGGUGGGGUGGGUGGGGGCAAAAUGGGAGCUGCGCUGUGAGGGGCAGGGAAAGAACUGUGUGUCCCAGGCCGGUGGCCCAGCCUCAGCUUGGCAGGGUAGGAACGUCCCUGUCACAAAUGCAGUCCUCAGCCUCCUGCCGUGGACACCGGGCCUCUCUCUGGGUAGGAGGAGAGACCGAGGGACCAGGCCAAGCAGUAGCCCGCAGGCCACAUGGGACACGGGCUCCAGAGUCAUCCUCUAUGAAAUGUAAUCAAUAGAACCAUAACCUUUAUAAGGCCCAGCAGUCCAAAGAGUCCAGACCAGGUCCAUGUGUUCAGUCCCAUACAAACCAGGCAUUGGCUCCACGGGGUCUGUAAGUGUCCCUCCAGGCCAGGCCCUGUGGAGAAGAGAGAUGCCCUAGCCUCUGUGGGCGGCAGGCAGCUGGGAGGACGCGGUGGAGCAGGAGGCCCUUGGGCUGGGCCUUGGAGGAAGGGGGGUCCUGAGCGGUGACCAUGAGGGGAAGUUGAGGGGGGUCAGGAUGGAGCUGGGGGGGCAGGUUUGAAUGCCAGGGAAGGAGGUGGCUCUGGAGCCUGGUUCAGACCCCCAGGACCCCAGGUGCCCGAGGCUGAGUUCCAGAAGCAGACCCUGAGAUGCUCGGGCAAGGGGUUUCUUGGGAGAGAGCCCUGAGGAGACACCUGUAAGGAAGGAAGGAAGAAACCUCAGGCUGUGGCUUCAGCAGAGUCCAGCUUCAGCCCGGUGGUGAGGGGCUGUGUGCAUGGCACCCCAGGGGGGUCCUGCCCAGAAGCCAAGGGCUGGGCUCUUAACACCCGCACGGGAGGGCUUGGCUACCACCCUGUCCCAGUCGGAGGGAAGGCAUGCAUGGCCUUCUAAGGUGUCGCUGAGGCAACUCCAAGCCACCAAGGCAGCCCCAGAGAAGCAGGCAGCUGGGUGGCCCUCGCAGCGGAGGGGUCGGGGGAUCCCCCUUGGGCCACAGGGUUAGGGGUGAGGAGGCGGCACAGCAGCAUCCACCCUGUGGGGCUACCCUCGGGUGAGAGGGGAGUCCUCGUGGCUGGCUGCCUCUGGACCUGCUGGGCUGUGGAGACCCAGGCCCAACCGGUUACCCCCUGCGGUGCUGGAGCGCCCAGGGGUGUCAUGGGGCUGGCGGCAGGAGGGUGGCUCUCCCCACCUGACACAGCCGUGGCCCAGCUCUGAGGCCAGGCUGUCCACUGUGGGGCCCGUGCCAGGUCUGCACAGCCCAGGCCAGCCCAGGGCCCGGGGACGUGCAGCUGACAAGCCCCUGCAGCCUGGGAGACCCCUUACUCUUUCCACCCCAGCGGCUCUGCCGUGCAGGCCCUUUACUCCCACCUUCUCUUCCCCCUCCGUCCCUCCCUCUAACUGCAUGAAAUGCUGACUGUGCACCCGGAUGGGCGUGGCGGGGACCGAGUAUGCUGACUGGAAUGAUUCUAGAACCAAAAUAAAGCUGGGGCAGGAAGGAGGGGGCUUCCGGGGAGCCCUGCUCGCCCCAAAUCACCUUCGUCUCCAGAAAUCAGGGACUCAGGCCUUCGUGCCCGUUGCUGUGAGGACGCCUUCCCCUGCUGCUGGGCGCCCGGAGGAGCAGGAGGUCCCCUGGCUGGCUGGGGAGACCAUCACGAGGACCAGUGCCGUGAGGCAGCCGGGAAAGCUCUGAUAAGCGGCCCCGAGCCAGCCUGGCAGGGAGAAUGGCAGAAGGGAAUUUCAAGGAAGGCCGCCCAGGGGUGUCGCUGAGCUGUCUUCAGGACAAGAGGGAUAAGGCCAAAAAACGGGGGAUAAGACCCAAAAAAGCCUUCCUGGUAGUGGGAACAGCAGGUAGGAAAGGGCGGGAGUGGGCCAAAAAAUGUGGCCAAGGUAUCAACUUUGCUAGAGCAAAGUUGGGAGGAUGGGGAGAAGAGAGCCAGGGAAAGGCUUGGCGGGGAGCCGGUCCAUGUGAGUUCAGGGAGUGCUGCUGCCUGGCCUGCAGCCCUGCAGACUUGGAGGUAGGUCUGUUGUUGGCUCAUUUUUUGCAGAUGUGGAAACUGAGACUCAGAGAGGCUAGGUAAAUAGCCUAAGAUCACACAGCCAGAGCAUCUCAGAGCUGGGAUUCGAGCUCAGGAUAUCUGGCUCCUGAGCCCAUGACUUUACUACUAGACCACACUGCCUCCUGCCCCAGCUGCUCGACAGUGGGGCUGAAGGGCAGCAGAGAAGCUCCUCUGGAUCUCAGGCUGCUCUGGUUUUCCCCUCCGCUGUCUUGGAAGAUCAUGGGAGGAGGAGGAGCUGAGUGGGAAUUCCCAGGAAGCCUGCCCACCACAGGGCCUGAGUGAAGAGCUUUUGAGGAACCCGCCCUCCCACGCCCGGCAGACAGAGGUAACCAACGAGAUAGGCCCUGCAGGAGCCCAAGAAGGGUGGAAACCAGGGAAGGCUUCCUGGAAGAGGUGGAGGCACCACAGGAUGGGGAGGACUGUGCAGGUGGAGGAGGGGGAGCAGCCUCAAGGCAGGGAAACUGCCUACGCAAAGGUGUCACAAGUGUCUGGGCACAGCCAGCGGGGGCUGGAAAGACCAGAUGGGGCUGAGCUGGGGAGGCUUCAUGUCCAGGGUGAGGCUGACGGUCCCGGUCCUGCUGGCAGUGAGGCCCUGGGCAGGAGAGGUCAGAGGGAGGGAGGCAGGGGUUGAGGGUGGGGCUACUCUAAGCAGCUUUGGAUGUGAUGACGGGGGACAUCAGUGAGCGCUUGCUCUUGGUCAGUGAGGAGCAUCCCAGCUGCCUUUAGCAGGGCCCAAACCGCAGUACUCCCAUCUCGUCCCGCCUCUUCCUCCCCUCCCACUCUUCUCCCCACUCCUCCAGCCCCAGGCCCGUGGGCCUGCUUCAAGGGUCCCAAGCCCCCUCUGUCUGGGAGCCCUCAAGGAUAGCCGGAGUCCCACCCAAGAGGACAGGUGUGGAGGUCGCUGUCCUGACAGCGGCAGUGGCGGGCCCGGCCUGCCUGUGGGAGGCGCAGGAUGAGCCACCCAGCACCCACAGAGGACAGCAGGUCAAGGCUUCACGUCCUCGCCCUUGUCGCCUAUGCCUGCAGACACCGGAAGGGACAGACCAAAAAGCUAAAUGAACACUCAGACUGGGCCACGGGGCUCCCGCACUCUCCACCCCCUCCCACCCCACUGUCAACCUUCCCACCCCACCCGGAAGGGUCAAUAAUGGCAAGGCAGGGACAAGAGGCCUGGGCCCCCGCCCUGAGCUCCAGUUAAAUGGCAGCCGGAGUUGAGUUGGUAUGGGGAGGCCAGACGGAAUGGAACUUGGGAGAAGGAGCCCUUCUGGGUUCCACCUGCCAUAGGCUGGGUCUGCUGCUUACUUGCUGUGUGACAGGUUCCCUCCCCUCAAGAGCCUUAGUUUCCCCAUCUGUAAAAUGAGCGUAUUGGUCAAGAAGGCCUCUAAAGGCGCCACAUCCGCCCUUAUCAGCUGCAGAACCUUGGGCAAAUUAUCUGUCCCCUUUGGGCCUCAGUUUCUGCAUUUGUCAAAGGAGGAUAAGAAUCAUACAUAUUUCUGGGAGUUCCCUGGGGGCCUAGUGGAUAGAAUGCUGGGCUUUCACUGCCGUGGCCUGGCUUCAAGCCCUGGUUGGGGAAUCCUGCAAGCCAUGCAGCGCAGCCAAAAGAAAAGAAAAGAAAAGAAAAAAGAAAUUAUACGGGACUUCCUAGGUGGUGCAGUGGUUAAGAAUCCACAUGCCAGUGCAGGGCACCCGGGUUUGAGCCCCGCUCUGGGAAGAUCCCACAUGCCGAGGAGCAACUAAGCCCGUGUGCCACGACUAUUGAGCCCGUGUGCCGCAACUACUGAAGCCCACGCGCCUAGAGCCUGUGCUCCACAACAAGAGAGGCCACUGCAAUGAGGAGCGUGUGCACCACAAUGGAGAGCAGCUCCCGCUCGCCACAACUGGAGAAAGCCUGUGUGCAGCAACGAAGACCCAGCGCAGCCAAGAAACAAA